AUGGCAUCUGUGAUCUCAUCAUCUUCACGUCGUGUUCAUUAUCAAUCUCAAAUAUAUAAUAAUUCACUAUCGCUAAGUCAAAAGAAUCAACAACUACUUUUGAAUAGUUAUGCUUCUUGUCAUCGUUUAUUAGAUCAUAUUAAACCAAUGAUUGGUGUUCAACAGGAUGAAAUAAUUGAUCUUAUGGAUAAUGAAGGAAAAUUAAAAGAAUUACAUACACAUGGUGAUGACUAUGCUUCACAAUAUCUUACUGGAAGAAGUACAUAUUAUGUACUUAAAGUUGAAAACGAUACAGCAGCAGGUGAAAAACGAUAUAUACCAAAUUUUAAUCUCGAUCAAAUUGAUCAAAAAAUAUAUUCAGUAUUAACAACUUCAUUAAAUUCAUUAAAUAAAUCAGCAAAUAAAACGAAACGUCCGACUGGAACAUCAAAACAAAAUACACCAACUCAAGUAACAUCGAAUGCAACACAAUCAAAAACGAAACGUACAUCAAAUCGAAAAUGA